AUGGCUUCCUCCCUUCGCCACUUCGCCCACUCCCCGGCCGGCGGCAGCGGCAGCACCGCCGUCGCCUCGACACCCAGUUUGCUGCGCCGCUUCAGCCCCGACUUCUGCACGUUCGCUGACCUCCGGCCGAUCAGACCGGUCGCCGCGACCCCCAAGCCCGCCAGACCCGCCGAGCAGGAGCAAGAGCAGUACGCCGCCGCCGGCACCGACGAGGAGCCUCCGGUACCGGCGACGAACCCGCCAGAGCCCGGAGCGGCGCCGGCGCUCCGUGUCGGGAUCAUCGGGUUCGGCAACUUCGGGCAGUUCAUCGCCAGGGGCAUCCAGCGGCAGGGCCACGCCGUGCUGGCCUCCUCCAGAUCCGACUACUCCGACUACUGCUCCGCCCACGGGAUUCGCUUCUUCAGGAGCCUGGAUGCGCUGUGCGAGGAGCAGCCGGACGUGCUGCUGGUGUGCAGCUCUAUCCUCUCCACGGAGUCCGUCGUCCGCGCCAUCCCCUUCGGCAAGCUCCGCCCCGACACCAUCGUCGCCGACGUGCUCUCCGUCAAGCAGUUCCCCCGCAACCUGCUCCUCGAGAUUCUACCGCCGGAGUUCGGGAUCGUCUGCACGCACCCCAUGUUUGGGCCGGAGAGCGGAAAGCAUGGCUGGAAUGCGCUCCCCUUCGUCUACGAUAAGGUUCGCAUUGCGGAGGAAGGAGAUCAGAAGGCCAAGUGCGAGCAGUUCUUGAGCAUCUUUGAGAGAGAGGGAUGUCGAAUGGAGGAGAUGUCAUGUGCAGAGCAUGAUCGCCAUGCUGCGGGAAGUCAGUUCAUCACACACACCAUUGGGAGGGUCUUGGCGCAGCUAGACCUCAAGUCCACACCGAUCAACACCAAGGGUUACGAGACCCUCCUGCAACUUACGAAGAACACAGCAAGCGACAGUUUUGAUCUAUACUAUGGGCUCUUCAUGUACAAUGUAAAUGCCACGGAGCAGAUGGAAAAAUUGGACAGGGCAUUUGAGCAGGUGAAGCAGAUGCUGUAUGGCAGGCUCCAUGAUGUGCUAAGAAAGCAGAUUGUAGAGAGGGUCCCCGUCCCAGGGGCCCCUUCAUUGAGACCAAGAGAAGCCCGGAACAAUUGUGCAGAAGAGACGAAUCACAUAUCUCAGGUUGCUGAUGUACAUACAUUUUCCCAAGCGGCUUUCAGCACAGCAAAAUAACACACGAAGCAAUCUCGAGCUGCUCAAUCGGGUGGCAGCAAUCGUGAUGUCAUGAUGAAAUUAUCGAUGAUGUGGCCGUCAUUACAGUGUCGCCUGGUAAUCGGUCGCACUGCAAUCCGCUCUAAAUGUUAUAUCUGAGUCUGCUCCAGAAGUUAAAGCCUGUAUCUUUCUCAGUGUUGUAAUGUUGUAAAGAGUGUAUGUAUGUGAUCUUACUCAUGUUUGUUUCGUGACUGUUGUAAAGAUGCCAAGAGUAGAGGAGUAAAGAUGACAACAUCGGAAGUCCCAGAUGUAAUUUUAAUUUUAUCAGGAUCUUUAUUGUUUGUGUGCUUUUUUAUUUCCUUUGAUCUAAU